CUAUUCCUUCGGCUCGCAAGGAAAGUUGGUCUCGUCGAGUUCGCUGUUUCUCCACCGGUUUUCCUUUCCCAUCGAAGUGUCAGAGUGAUAGUUCUCGGGGUCGUUUCAUUGUCAUUCUUCGACAUAAGGCGAUCACGAGAUCCGUGAGCAGCGAGAACGACCGACGAAAAGAAUCGACUACAUCGACGAAUUACACGAAGCUUCGAGUACCUCGAGGAAGGAGCUGCUCGUUGGUAGACAGCGAAGUGUAAGGCGAGAAGAGGAAGAAGUUGACGGCAGAAGGCUACUCGCGUCAGGCAGCCAGCCGACAAGAAGAUGCCCGCUCCGACUACACCAUCGGGGGGAGCGGCGGAGGGUGGCGGCCCGCCCCGCACCGAAUUGCAAGAAUUACAGCUGAAGGCCGAUCAAACUACCGAUGAGUCCCUGGAGAGUACGAGGCGGAUGCUGGCACUAUGCGAGGAGAGCAAGGAGGCUGGCAUCCGUACUCUGGUCGCGCUCGAUGACCAGGGAGAGCAACUGGACAGAAUCGAGGAGGGUAUGGACCAGAUCAACGCCGACAUGCGCGAGGCCGAGAAGAAUCUCACCGGAAUGGAAAAGUGCUGCGGUCUCUGCGUUCUUCCAUGCAACAAAAGCGCCAGCUUCAAGGAGGACGAAGGCACAUGGAAGGGCAACGACGACGGAAAAGUGGUGAACAAUCAACCACAGCGCGUGAUGGACGAACGCAACGGGCUCGGUCCCCAAGGUGGUUAUAUCGGCAAGAUCACGAACGACGCCCGUGAAACGGAGAUGGAGGAUAACAUGGGCCAGGUGAACACGAUGAUCGGUAAUCUGAGAAACAUGGCGAUCGAUAUGGGCAGCGAGCUGGAGAAUCAAAACCGGCAGAUCGACAGGAUCAAUCGCAAGGGCGAUUCGAACGAGACGAGGAUAAAGGUGGCCAACGAGCGAGCCCAUCAGCUACUCAAGUAAGGCUACUCUCGACCACCCGUACCCCGUCGGCCACCAACAGCACCAAUAAUAUCAUCACCACUAUCAUCAUCACCACCACCACAACUACUACUUACAUCCAACAACAACAAAAACAACAGCUACAAUAAAACCACCAGUGUCAACAGUAAAAUCAAUAUCGACAAUAGUCAUAUAGACACGUAUCGGAUACUCUCGAUCAUUCGUUCUCCGCAGUUCAAUUCUGUUGUAUUGUUUUUCUUUUCUUUUUUUUUUAAUACCCCGAGUAAUGGUAGAUUGUUGCAGACGAAAGACAAAACGUGUUAUUUUGUUCCGUCCUUAUUUUCGUUUCUCGGAUCUUCCGUUCUCUCGUUUGCUUUUCGAUCAGUCGCGGAAGAUUCGAACGUAGACUGUUAACGAUUUCGUCUCACGAUUUAUCGUUGUUCGUGCCCCGAGCGUGAAUGCGUUGUUGUUAUUAUCAGUAUACUUUAAGUUGUGCGUCUUUUGAUUUCGUGGAACGGUGAGAAGUAAAUUUCAGAUCGUGUAGACUGCUCACUCGUAUUGUACGUUAUUUUAUUCUCCAUCCAACACAAAUACAGUAUAUUUUGAUGAUUUUUCGGUACGGUGUCGCGGUUACGUUGCCGCUUCUCGUUCCAUCAACGACAGUUCGAGGCCGCCGUCUGCGGAAGUCUGCGUGGCUCGAACGUACGUAUUCCACCAUCGUCUUUAACCCUUAAGGGGGCAAGUUUUACUACUUUCGAAUUAUCUAGACCUAAAUCCAGAGUCUCUAAAGUAAAAAUAAAAAAAAAAAAAAAAAAAAAAAAAAAAAAAUAAACAGAUUCAGUAGUUUGUUCUCUGCAGUCGAUUUACAAAGACGUUGUAUGUAUUCACAAGCGACGCGUCAAGUCAAUUCCAUGCGAACGGAUAGCGUUUCGUAAACGAACGAACAGAGGAAAAGAGAGAGAGCAAGUUGUAAAGAAUUUUCGUCUUCGAUAUAUGCACGUUUAUCCAAGUUCUUCCUCUCACGAUUAGCGUGGUGUGAUUCACGAUCGAGUCGAGAAACAUUUCUAAUUUUGAACGGAAAAAUAAAAAAACGAGUAAUAUAGAAACCUAGAAUCCGUUAGAUCAUGUACAAAAUAAUAAUGAAAAAAAAAAAACCAUACAAACAAACGUUCUUCGAGUAUCAGCGCGCGCCUGUUUAAGGGUUAAAGAUUAAUUAUUAACCAUCGGCGAGAUACCACGUACACAGCAGUAGAAGACACGAUAUCGGUUGUACGAGAGCACGACACACACGCUGUACUUAUUUUACGAUCAACAACCUAGAACCACACAAACAAUACACACACUCACACACACACACACACACACACACACACACCCUCAGAAAGAAAACAACACAACAGGCGUGUUGCAUACAACAUUUCUAUGUGUAUAUUGUCAAAAGAGACACAGAGGGGGGCUGUAAAGGCGCAUACGAGAGAAAGGAGACACGUAUAAUAUACCAAGCGACGGCAUAUAUACAUACAUACACCGGCCAUAUAUUAUAUAUACACGCAGAGAAUCAAAGAGAGACACGAGAGGACAGACACACAUAUACAUAUAUAUACAUAUAUAGUGUGUAUAUAUAUAUAUAUAUGUAUAUGUAUAUAGACGGAGAAAAUAGUAUAGACCGCACAGCGUGUGGUGUUGCACGCGUGAACGACACACAUACGCACAGCGAGGCCCCCCCCCCUAUUGUAGGUAAAUACAUACCGUGUAAUUUGUUAUCACGAUUAGCGUUACGACCAAGAUAUCCGUGUACAGUAGUAAGGAUCGAUACGUAGGUAGACGGACGCGCGUAAUUCGAAUGGCAGCAGCAGCCAAGUAGGUCGUAGCGAGGAGCAGCGUGGUGUCGAAUGUGCGUGGCACGACGGAAAUGAUACGCUGGCUCUGGUGACAUUCGUGGAUAAACUUAACUGUGUAAAAUUAAACGAUGGAACCACUGGUGAAUUCGUGAAUAAGCUAACCUAUGCAAAAUCAAUUGAUGGAACCAUUGGUGAAUUCUUGGAUAAGCUAACCUAUGCAAAAUCAAUCGAUGGAACCACUGGUGAAGUCGUGGAUAAGCUUAGCUGUGUAAAAUUAAACGAUGGAACCACUGAUGAAUUUGUGGAUAAGCUAACCUAUGUAAAAUCAGAUGAUGGAACCACUGGUGAAGUCGUGGAUAAGCGAAGUUAGGUAAAAUCAGACGAUGUUUUUUGUUUGUUUCCACGUUUGGAACAGUUUCGAUAAUGAUCUCGUAUCGUUUCCGUCGGGUACACGCUCGAAAACACGCGGGACGAAUUAUCCUUUACCUCUGUCGGUACACGAACACCGAUCGAGAACCUGUACCGGUUCCCUCGAAAGCGUGAAAAAGGCGUGGAACGGCCAAACCAGCAAGAGUAGAGGAAGCACGAGCAGAAGAGAAGGUGGAACACAGAGCACGAAGUAAAGGGUGGAGAAAGUAGGAGAGAAAGAUAGCAAUAUCGGGGCGAUUGCAGAGCAUGGAAGAGGAUUCGACGACCGUAAACCGAAGCAACGAAGCAGGAAUAUAUAACGCCCCGCGAUGAUUAGACCGCGGUUUAAUGUGUAGAUAGAGAAGAAAAAAUUUUGUUGGUCGUUUUGUCUCUCGAUUUUCAUCAUCGUAGAGCCGUAGAUCGAUUCCGUUUCUUCGGCGCGUGCGCGCGAACGCACCGAGGUCACAGUAAGGUUAAACUCCAAAUAAAAACGAAAGGAAGCGAGAGAAAUAUACGAACGAAUGGAUUCAACACGAUGACCGAUGAUUAACGGAGGAAUUACACUGAGAGGGGAUUGUACAUUAUUGUAUUUACACGAAGCGAAGUAAUAACUGUAUACACUUUGUAUUGUACGAACGAACGAGUGUGAUCGCUCGAAAUGUCGAGAAAGAUUCCCCCCACCCUCGCCCUAAUAAUUUCGUUUCGCGGUUCGCUGGGUAUCCUCGUCCCUCGACUUUUACGUCUGUCUCUUUGUAAGUAUAUCGCUUGUUGCCUCAGUCGAUCGAUUUAGUCGAGCAACUUUUUUGGUCGGUUCCGUUUCUCGACCCGCUGCGCUAACUGCGUCGAUACGUAUAUAUAUAUAUAUAGUACUCUACCCCCACUUGGGUGUAGUUUUGCGAUUAACGAGGAACCAGACGAGGACACCGCGGACCGUAACCAAAAAAAUCGCAGACGAUGUUUCUCUAAGCAGCCUGUGUCAGCCUUAAAACAGUAUUCGCGUCUGUACACUUACCUCUGUAGCUUUUAAGAGAACGCUGAGACACUGUCGGAGCUGACGUUGAUCCCCCCCCCCCUGGUAGU